CAGCCACAGACGCCCAACCUAGGCGGCCCCAGGACGGGCCAUGCGAGAGGCCAGGAGCCAACUGGGAAAUGAGCAGAAGGAAGAGGGAAGGGUGCCUCCGUCGGCCACCUCGGCACCCGCAAGGGCUAGGUGCCCAGCUGGAAGCCGGCAGACGGCCCCGGGCCGGCGCAGCGGCGCGCGUACUCCGAGCCGUGAGGGCCGGGCCGGGCCGCGGCUCCACAAGCUCCCGACGCGCUCGGCCGCUUCCGCCUUCCGGCUCCGCCCCCAGCCGCCUUCCCGCCGCUCCGGCUGCCCGGAGGCCGAAGCCGACCGCCGCCUCGCGUGUCACCCUCGACGCUUAACGGAAAGUCACCUCAGAAACGACCCUCCCAGUGCCCGUAGAUCCCCAGGAGGCUGGUCCCGAUCGGUGUUCCGGAGGUUCCCGUGCGGGUGUGUAGCGUUUAGCGUGGUGUUUACUCCAUGUCCUUGUCUCCUUUGGGUGGACGAGCUCACAAACUAGUGCGGGGCACGAGCCUUCCUUCGCACGAGUUCUCCGUUCUUCGAGGGAUGGACAGAUGUUGAAUUGGCGCGGCCUGGAACGCGGACCGGCGGGCUGUAGCCUGGCGGUUCCUCCCUCGGCUCUCAGCAGCUCUGGGACAAAGGCUUUCUGCUGCCCACACAGCACUAAGGGGAUGCACAGGGCUCCGACCGCACUGGGACUAUCCCCAAAUCGGAGAAAAUGGCUGUUUUUAGUGAUUCAAAGAGAGGUCCGGAGAAAGGGCAACUGCACUCUAACGUAAAUAUAUAAAUGUAUAC